GACAAAAACAACAAGAUCGUGCCAAUUGGCGUGGAAGGGGAAAUAUGCGUAAGGGGAUUUUCGAUGUUCAGUACAUAUUACGGUUGUGAAGACUUGUACAGGAAAGUGAUGUCCCCGUCUGGUUGGUACUACACAGGGGACAUUGGGUCUAUGGACGAGUACGGGUUUACAUACUUCAGUGGCAGAAAAGCCAAUGUACUUCAUUUUAACCGCUGGGGUGACAAGGUUUAUCCUGCUGCUAUAGAAGCUGCGGCAGAGAAAUAUCCCAAAGUUAGCCAGACACAGGCUGUUGGUUUUAAGGAGCCAGGGGUGGUAGACUGCGAUACAAUCAUCUUAUGUGUCAUACCCGCCAAAAACCAAGAUAUCACAGAGGACGAACUACGAGCUCACUGUGAGAGGGAGCUGUUGGAUCACAUGUGGCCGGACCACUAUGUCGUUAUGGAGACGUUCCCCAGGGUGGGGAUCAGGCAGAAGGUCUCCAAAGAAGAACUCCUGAAAAGUGCCAAGAGUAUCCUCCUGGAUUCCGGUAAAUUGAAGUUGAGUGAGAUGAACCAGUGAAAACAGUGGCGACAAGACAGGCCUGGAAUUGUCUCACAUCCGGGACUUCUGACAUUUGCGAGAUUUCUCGCGAGACGAGAUUGAAAGUUUCCAGUGACCAAUAUCGAUUUGUGCUUAUAUAAACAGAAAAGAAAAAAGGGAUAAUAAUAAUAAUAAUAAUAAUAAUAAACAACAACAACAACAACAACAACAACAUUUAUCGGGAUAAUGUUGAUGUAAUUGACGUUUCUGAAGUACAAAUAACAGUUUUAUAUGGCGAAAGGCCUCGAUGAAUUUGCAUAAAGGGGUAAAAAUUCUUGAUACAUUGUGUUUGCUUUUAAUUGAUUAAAAUGUCCAAUGACAUGACAUCUUUCACCUUUUUCAAAAUGAAUUUUAUAAGAAUGGCAGGAUCUUAAGAAAGAACUAUCAGAACAUGUGGCACUUAUUGUGUUUAAUGAACCAAAAUGUGUACGUAAAAAAACGUAAAUGAAAUUCUUGCUGUGAUUGUAAAGGUUUUAAAUGGUCUUUAGGUUUCUGUGUUGCUGCCUUUAACGGGUUCA